GCCCGAUGACUUCGGGUGUGACGUAGUCGGUCUGGUGCAGCAGGAGAGUGAGCGCUCGGCGGCAGUAACAGUCUUGUAGGAAGGGAAAAUAAGGACGGCUGUACUUCGGAUCUCUGUCCAACUCAUUCUCUGCUCCGAAUUCACCGAGAACAUCUAGACAUGUCAGAGGAAAACGAAGAGACGCAGGCGGGAGAGGAGACUUCAGUGGAGGAUAAGGAGUUGCAGGACAAGGUGAUCAGUCCAGAGAAGGCUGAGGAGGCUAAGCUAAAGGCCAGGUAUCCAAACCUGGGAAAUAAACCUGGAGGCUCUGACCUGCUCCGCAAACGCCUACAGAAGGGGCAAAAGUACUUUGACUCAGGGGACUACAACAUGGCUAAGGCUAAAAUAAAGAACAAACAACUUCCAACUGCUGCACCGGAAAAGACAGAGAUCACAGGAGACCACAUCCCCACCCCCCAGGACCUGCCCCAAAGGAAACCCUCCCUCGUGGCCAGUAAACUGGCAGGCUGAUGUACUCACAGCCUUGACAUCUCCUGCUGCACCUCCCAACCCUCACCCUCUCCUCAAGUCUCAAGAGUUGCAACACUAACUCUCCCAUCCUUCUUAUGGUUCCGUCCGUUCCCAGCCUCCACUUUGUUCUCAGCGGCCUUAACUCUAAUCAUCAAGAUCUGGUGUUCUUCACUGAAUGACCUGGCUAGCUGAUUUAAAUUGAAUAUUUUCACUCCCCGGCUCCCUCUCUUUAAAUUUGUCCCUCAGCCCCACCCAC